UCAGUAAAAAAAAAGUAAAAAAAAAAGUUGUGGACUGGCGCACACUCGCUUGAAAGGGAAAGGAGCGGUGCAAGGCAUUAGCUUUGCACUUAAUGAAACAGUGGGUAUUCACAAACUUUUCCGAGUUUUCUAAGGUUUGGCUUUCCCUACAAGUCACAAUGCUGGAAUACAGUUGGUAUGGGCAGGUCCAGACCCACUUGGACAAUCCAUCUAGGUAUCACGUUCAGCAAACUCAGAGGCAUCAAGUGAAGCAGUACCUAACGCUGGAUGCGAAGCUGUCUAGCCAAAGCCUGUCAUCUCAUUCCCAUUCAAUCCAUUCUUCAGCAGCUAUGCCCAUAUUAAGGAGUGGGCCUAUGCCUCCGACCAACAUCAGCACUCCUGGGAGUCCAGUGACCAAGUUAUUAAGUCUUGGAGGAGAACAAGAAAAUGCGAUGGAGGACGUUAUCGAUGACAUAAUCAACAUGGAAUCUAGUUUUAAGGAUGAAGGGAUAGGUUGCUCGGAAACACCGCUUCUCUUGCAAAGCACUCUUUCAAGUAGCAUUUUGGAUAUAUACAACAGUGACCAAGGAAUGCCAGCUGCUAAUAUGGGCCUCACGAAUGCAUCCUGCCCAUCUAAUUUGCCUGUUAAAAGGGAAAUCACAGAAACAGAUACUCGAGCAAUGGCAAAGGAGAGGCAAAAAAAGGAUAACCAUAAUCUCAUUGAAAGAAGAAGACGGUACAACAUUAAUUACCGGAUCAAGGAGCUUGGUACACUUAUCCCAAAGUCUAAUGAUCCUGAUAUGCGCUGGAACAAAGGAACUAUUUUAAAAGCAUCGGUGGAGUAUAUCAAGUGGUUACAAAAAGAACAACAAAGAGGCAGAGAAUUAGAGCAUAGACAGAAGAAAUUAGAACAGGCCAAUAGGAGGCUUUUGCUUCGAAUUCAGGAACUAGAAAUACAAGCACGAGCUCAUGGCCUGCCAAUCAUGCCUACAAUCAGCACGGUGGACUUAGCAUCCCAUGUCAUGAAACAGCAGGUCUAUCAAGAAGAGAAUUCAGUAGACUAUUCUCAACAUCUUGCUGUGGUCCACGAGCAACACUCUGACCUUGGUGAUGCCUCUGCAGCCUUUUCGGAUCCACUCUCGCACUUUACAGAUUUGUCUUUUAGUGCCGCUUUGAAAGAGCAGAGGUUGGAUGACAUAUUGCUGGACGAUACAAUAUCACCAUUUGGGACAGAUCCACUGUUAUCCUCUGUGUCUCCUGCUGUGUCCAAAGGAAGCAGCAGAAGAAGUAGCUUCAGUUCAGAUGAUGGAGAUGAUGUAUAGCACGGAAAAGACUGCAUAGUUAGGGUGCUGCUGUUUUGUUUUGUUUUGACUUGUUGGUGCUAAGAAAAUUAUGAAACAUAUUUAUGUUGUUGCUCAGCUCAACUGGAAAAAGAAAGGAGUCAGCUGUUGUUGAGAGAACCUCCCUGGGAAUAUAUAGUUUAGGUGUGUGCAUACAACACAGAUGAGCAAUAGAGUGAAAAGCAGUGCUAUUUUUAUAGAAAAAGAGGUUCCGGAAGUCACCUCCCUUGUUCUCUUAGAAUGGCACCUGAGACAUGCCAGAACCCACCUGAGAGGUGCGAGAACUGAGUUCCUGUGAGUUCCCCCUGGAAAGAAGUGAUGGUGAAAAGCAUAUCUUUGGUUGGAAGUGAUCACAGUAACACUGAUAUUUCAAAGCUGACAUUUUGCAAUGGAUAAGAUCUAGACUUGGUCAUGCCACUGAAAUUUGUAGGGCCCCAUUAAGACAAGACUAACUUCAGUUUUAUUGAUUUCAAUGGAUCUGCUCUCAGUGUGACCCAGUCUGGAUCCAAUCCACUGAUUCAUAUUUAUUUACUAAUAAUGCUGCAGAUGUGUUUCCUUGCAAUUAUACACCAAUAUUGUACCCAGUGUUUUUUUCUAGACAAAUAGGUGCCGGUAUUCACCAGGAAGUUGUUACAGUAAGUGCCACACUUUUUAACAAAGACAAAAAGAGGUGCUGGUUUUGCAAACCCUUGAAUACCCCCUGAAAAAAAAGCACUGGUUGUAUCCCCAAAAAACCAGUGGACUGCUGUCGGGGCUGUGUUGGGCCCAAAGGCAGCCAUACAUGACUCAAGAUUUGGAGAUGGGUAUAACAAUUUGGGAGCCUGAAGUAAGAGAUGGUGAAGCCACAACCUGAAGUUCAGCAAGCAGACGGUACUGUUCUGUUGACCAAUCAAAGGCAAAAAGCUAGACUACUACUGUUUAUAACAGAAUCUGUCAUCCCAAAGGAGCUGAGAAUGGCUGCUUCCCCGGUUCAAGGGUGGACGGUGGUUGGAUCCUGUUGCAAUGACUCUGGGACCGACCAGAGCACCACCACCUUCCCAUUAGCUCUAUUCCUGGCUGCUGUGGAGCAACACGGAUCCCCGCCAGACCUGGUUUGAAUUUCAGCCAAUCCAUGGUGGCCUGGGGGCGGGCAUUCAGGAGCCGACCUUGGAGCGGUAGUUUUCAGUCCAGUCUGCUCCUAGACCAUAUAAACUGGCCAGCACUGCUCUCCCAAAGGAGCUGAGAAUACUCUGGGUCUACAGUAGCUAACCAAGCUAGGCCUGAAACUGAGAGGCACGUGGUUUAAGCACCGGAGUCUCUGU